AUGGACUCCUACGGCGGCUACGGAGGUAACUCAUAUGGAAGUGGCGGUGGUGGCUUCAUGCCCGGCGAGACAACCAGUCCGUCUGGAGGAAGGCAAGAAUGGAACAACACAACCCUUCGCCCCGUAACAAUCAAACAAAUCCUCGACGCAACGCAGCCCUACCCGGAAGCAAACUUCACAAUCGACGGACAAGACGUAUCCAGCAUCGUCUUCAUAGGCCAAGUCCGCAACAUCAGCACACAAGCCACAAAUGUCACAUACAAACUUGACGACGGCACGGGCGAGGUUGAAGCGAAGCAGUGGAUAAAUCCGUCCGAGGCGAUGGACACGACCGAAGAUUUCGGCAAGGAAGGGAAGGACCUGAAUGGUGUGGAGAUCAACGGCUAUGCGAAGGUAUUCGGGAAGCUGAAGAGUUUAUUUGGAGACCGCAAGGUCGUUAACACGCAUUGCGUGCGGCCGUUAACGGAUAUCAAUGAACUGCAUGUUCACUUUUUGGAGGCCGCCGCGGUGCACUUGUUUCAUACUAGAGGCGCUCCAGGGCCCGCUGCAGGUGCUACCGGGAAAAUCGAUGGUGGUGAUGCGGCGAUGGGAGGGCUUGAUGGGGCCGGGGUUGGUGGCGGUGGUGGGUUCCCGGCGAAUAUGUCUGCAACUGCAAGGAGGGUUUAUAACCUGCUCAGGACGGAGCCGCAGAAUAAUGAGGGCCUGCAUGCGCAAUUCAUUGCGGCGAAGCUGGGCCUUCCUCCGCAAGACGUUGUGCGUGCAGGUGAUGAGCUGAUCAAUGCUGGCAUGGUGUUCUCGACCGUGGACGAUCAGACCUGGGUUAUUCUGGAGUAUUAA